CAGCCGUCUGGCAGAUACCCUAACACCUCUCCCUCACAUCUCCCACGAAAUUUCCACUUCGCCAUGGCCUUAGAACUCGAUCAGAAGAGUCUCGAGCAGGCGUUUCAGGGAAGGCCUGAUAUACAGAAUGCUAUUAGAACCGCUGCCGUGGCGCCAGCGUACAUCGAGCUCUUCAACCAGAUCUCGCUGCACGUCUGCAGUCUCACGGGCUCGAGCGCUGCGUCCCCCGAACCCGCCACGAAGAAGAGACGGCUGGAUGAAGGAGAGAUCCCCAGUCGCCCUGCUCCAAAGGGCCAGACUGCCUCGAACGGAACAGCGAGCGGCGACGAGCCCGUUUUGCUUGAGAUCAAUGAUAUCUCGGUCGUGGUCCCCCAGCGGAAGAAAUACACCCUCUGCUUCACGGACACGUAUCUUUAUGCGCGGCUACCUGGCUCGAAGGAGCCCGUGGCGGGGAUGAGCUACGCUUGGAAGGAUAUCGACCAAGCAUUCUGCCUUCCCGUGCCCGAGAAAUCCCAAAAACAGCAUAACUACAUCCUCUCCCUCCCAUCCUCUCUCCUCCCGCCCUCCAAACCCAGCCCAGGCACGCCUCCCCCUCCCGAACCUCUCGUCUUCACCAUCCCCUCGACCGCCCCCAAACCCGGCUCCAUCUCCGGCCCCCUCGCCGCCUCGGCGUCCGCCGUAUCAGAUGACUACAAGACGCUCCUCGACUGGGCGCUCUCCACGCGCUUGAAGGCCGCCAGCAACCCACUGAAAAUCACCUACGCCGACGAGAAACUCUUUCACUCCACCCAGCGCCAGGCGCACCGCCCCGACGAGAAAGCCGUCCACGUGACAGCGUUCCGCGGCUCCAAAGACGGCUAUCUCUUCUUCCUCCCGCGCGGGAUCCUCUGGGGUUUCAAAAAGCCGCUCCUCUUCAUCCCGCACGAGCGUAUCGUCGCAGUCUCGUACACGAGCGUGCUGCAGCGGACCUUUAACCUGAGCGUCGAAGUCGACAUCUCCUCUUCCUCGUCAGGGCCCAAGAACGAAGCGGGAGAGGAAGGCGAAGGCGAAGAGGAAACGCAAGAAUUCGAAUUCUCGAUGCUGGACCAAGAGGACUUCGCGAACAUCGACGCUUUCGUCAAGCGGCACGGGCUUCAAGACCGGAGCAUGGCGGAGCAGCGCCGGGCCAAGAGAUUGAACGUCAAUGUGGUGCGGGACGAGCAGGGGAACGUGGUGGGCAGUGUUGAAGCGGGCGAGUUGGAGCGCGCGGGUGUGGAAGCUGGGGAGGAGGGGCCAGGAGAGGUGGAGGGUGGUGAGCUGGAUGAUGAGGAUGAUGAGGAGGAGGAGGAUUAUGAUCCCGGGAGUGAGGGGGAGAGUGAAGGGGAGGGAACGAGUAGUAGUGAAGAGGAAGAGGAGGGGGAGGGCGCAGCUGGGGGCGAAGAAGGAGAGGAGGAUGACGAUGAGGAUGAGCUGUGAUUGUUGGACACCUUGCUUCUAGCGAGAGCUGAAACUUAGAUACCUGUACUGGAAUUUGCUGAACUGUACUGGAAAUAGGGCAGGAUGAGAUGUACCUUGGAUGGACAAAUAGAAAUGAAUGAAUGAAGGUUGGAAAACAAGGCAUCACGUUACCAGAG